AUGUUCAACAUCCUCGUCAUUUCACGACUGAGGCCAUUGCACAAACGGAGGAGCGUCUCGUCGGGGGCCGGACCUUCGUCGUCACACCACCAGGCCGCGGCGGCGUCGGGCCUUGACGACCUGCUGGGUCUCAACCUGGGGGCUGCAGGGGGCCCCAGCGGUGCCGAGCCCCCAUCGGUGACGGAUCCCUGGGGCAUGCCGCUCUACGACGGUGCGCAGGCUGCAGCUCCAGACCCAUGGUCAUCGCCCACAGGCAGUCGGCCGGCCACAGUCGGUCAACCGAGUGACCCCUGGCAGUCACCAACUUCCAAGCCAGCAAAUCAUGGAGACCCAUGGUCGACCAGCCAAGACCCCUGGCGGUCUCCGGCUGGCGGGCCCACAACCAACGGAAACGACCUGGAUGAGUUUGACACCUUGAGCAAACGAUCAGCCGCUACCAGUCCAAUCUCUGAACAAACUGGGGCAGUGGGUGAUGCGCUGGCAUUGGGCGGCCUGCGCCGGGCCUUGCCGAGUGCGGAGGAGGACGAACUGAGCAAACGGAAAACGCCGGAGAGCUUCCUAGGUCCCAAUUCGAACCUGGUGAACUUGGACGCGCUCGUGACGACGCGACCCGCAGGUACACUGGGCGUCGCACCACCGCUGCAGCGAACCCGUUCGCAGCGCCGCUCUCGGCACCAACGACAGGACUGGCGGCACCCGGCGCAGCGGCAGCGUGCGGCGGCCAGCAACCCGUUCCAGGCAUCCAAGCCGCCCACAAUCAACCAGCUACGACUUCAGAACAACAGCUUCCCGGCGACGCCAGUCGCACCUGUGACAACGACGACGCUCCUGACGCAUUCCGGCCCGCCGCGCCGCCUUGGUUCCGCAGCACGCCUUUGGCUCCACACGCCGGCUACGUGGGGAUGCCUGCUGGCGCGACAGCAGUGGGGACAGCCUGGUAUCUCAACCUGGGAGGACUUGGAGGUCCUGCUCUCGUCUGCGGACCUGACACUGCAGCUUGUUGCGGUGACUUGGGCUGCCGAUGUUACUACCACAAGAGGCAUGACCAUGUAG